AUGGACAUUAGUAUUUUUGGUAUUUACCGCGCAGCAUAUCCCAAACGACGUAUCUGUGGGCUUCAAAAGAAAAGCUGCGGUCUCUUCUCUGAGGUACAUCGGUUUCGACUGAGGGAUGUCAAGCGUUCCGUAUCAGAAAAGGAGAAUUAUCGAGUGGCAAAUCUUACGGAUAGUAUGUUCUCGGGGAUUUACAACGGAUCGCAAAAACACGCGCCGGACCUUGAUCAGGUGCUGUCGCGUGCGUUCAGCCUUGGGAUGGAGAAGAUAAUAGUGACGGCCGGAUGCAGAGGAGAUAUUGUAGGCGCCAAGGCACUCUGUUGCACUGAUCCACGCCUCUACUACACGGUUGGUUGCCACCCAACAAGAUGUCAGGAAUUCGCCGCAGAUUUUGACCAAUACUAUCAAGAACUUAAAAACCGUGUUUUUGAAGCCGGGUCUCGUGUGGUCGCUAUUGGCGAAUGCGGUCUGGACUACGACAGAGUGCACUUUUGUCCCAAAGACAUUCAGUUACCAUGCUUUCGAAAACAGCUGAAUCUUGCCUCUGAAACCAAACUUCCUUUAUUUCUACAUUGUCGCAAUGCUUUUGAGGAUCUGAUCAGUGGCAUUCAAAAACACAUAGAGCAAUGCGGCCCUAUCCAUGGGGUGGUGCACACCUUUGAUGGAACUGAAGAACAAGCAAAGGCUAUAAUUGAGCUUGGAUUCCACAUUGGAUUCAAUGGCUGUAGUUUGAAAACUGAACGUAACUUGGAGGUCGUCGCAUCGGUUCCUUCUGAGAAGAUUCUGUUGGAGACAGAUGCACCCUGGUGCGAAAUUCGACCCACACACGCAGGUUUCCAGCACGUGGUAACAAAGUUUGCUAAGAAUAAGCCCAAUAAGUGGGAAUCUGGACGCAUGGUUGCCGGACGAAACGAGCCAGCCAACAUCGUGCAGGUGCUGGAAGUGGUGGCGGGUGCCAGAGGGCAGUUGCCGGACGACUUAGCCUACGCAGCCUAUGAAAAUACCCUGAGGGUCUUUCCUGGUCUAUUGGCUAGGUAG